CCUAGGCAACUCAUUUAACUUUUUUGGGCCUUGGUUUCUUCAUUGGUGAAAUGAUCCCUAAGGUUCCCUUCCUGCUAUAAAUCUGUGACCCUGUGUGCAGCAGAACCAAGAAGUUGGAAAAUUCACUAGUGAGUUUUGUUGAAGUGAGAAGCUUCUCUCAGCAUUUGCCAGGAUAAAACUGAAGAAGACAACUGGGUCAGGGUGACGGCUGCUGCAAUCCCGUCCAUUUCUGUAGGUCUUUCUCCCUCUCCCCACUUGGAGGGGACUUGUUUCUCUGAAGAUAAAGUUAGGGGAAAGAACAUCAGACACAAUGGCCUUGGAGAUGACAAUGCAGAUCCCAGCUCUUGGUUGUCCCUUGCAUCUGGGGACACUCUAUGACUGCCGCACAGAUACCUUUAUCCCUGGCAUCACUUUGUGGGACAGGGAGACCCUGGAGAGAGAUGUAAUCACAGAAGAUCAAUACAAGACUGACUUUCACGUCAUCACCUCUGACUCUAUUGAUGAAAAGACUAAAGCCAUGAAUAUCCAUGCAGAGCUGAAAUUAAGUAUCCUGGCGGGGCUGGUUGAAGUAGGAGGCUCUGCCAAGUAUUUAAAUGACACCAAGACAUCCCAACAGAAAGCUCGGGUCGCUCUCAAGUACAGUGUGACUACACAGUAUUCCCACCUCACGAUGAACCACCUGGGAUAUCAUAAUAUCACUUACCCUGAUGUGUUUGAUAAUGGAACAGCCACCCACGUGGUCACUGCAGUGCUCUAUGGGGCCCAGGCUUUCUUUGUGUUUGAUCAGGAAGUUUCCACCAGUGGAAAUGUUAAGAAUAAAGGAGGAGGAUUGAAGGCUGCAGUAGAGAAGAUUCCCCAAGUAUUGGGAAAAGUAGGGGGAGAGAUAAAAAUGGAGGACAGUGAGAAAGAAUCAAUCAAGGAAUUUAGGUGUAAAUUUUAUGGGGAUUUUGUCCUUGAGACCAAUCCGGUGACUUAUGAAGAUGCAAUAGAAGUCUAUGCCUCCCUUCCUAAGCUGCUUAGGGGCCGUGGGGUGCCCCUCCAAGUCUGGCUGUACCCCCUGGAGAAGCUGAGCUCCAAGGCUGCCAGGCUGGCUCGAAGUAUCAGCAAUAGCUUGGUGUGGGAUGCCCAGAACACUCUGGAGAAGUUAUCUGAGUGUGACAAGAAGUGUAAUGACAUGCUGGAGGCACCAGGACUCUCAGUCUUUUCUACAAUCAAGGAAAAGGUCAAGUUAUUCCAAGAGCUAAAUAGGCAGCACAGACAGCUCUUACAGAAGGAAAUGGCCAAGGCUUUACCCCUGAUCCGAGCAGGCAGAGCAGAGGAAGAUGAGCUAACCAGGAUUUUAAUCAGGGAAAGCCAGUCCCCAUUCAGCACUAGGAGGCUCUCAGAGUUUCUGGAUCAGAAGCUGCAGGAGAUGAAGGUGGUCAAUUCCUACCUCACCAUUCUGAAGGAGGUGCUGGUCAUAACUGACCAGAACGAGGUAGACAAUGUGGUACUAGGCUUUACCCACAGAUUUGUCCUGGUGUUUGCAUUCACCUCCUUGCAGGAGGAACCCUACUUAGCAGAUUGGAAACAGUGGCUACGGAAUCCAGAAUCAUUCAGUCCUGACUGUGAGCAAAAGAUAUAUUCCUCCUGGGUCAAGGACACAGAGACAAGAAGAAAAGCAAUACAAUUGGCAGAAUCCUUUUCAACAUUUGCCAAGGCCAAUCAUUCCACUAAGAAGACCCAAUUCAUUGUGGCAUCUGUCCCAGACCAGGAGAACAAGGGGGUCUCCAUCUACCUCUAUGAAAAGGGACUGCUGGUCAGUACCAACUUUGAGCUACCAGUCAAACCUCCCCCUCCCCAGAUUGGCGAGGUUACACAUGACUGUGUAGAACUCACACUGAUCCCAGCAUCUGGGAAGAAAGAGAGGAUCAUUGGCUAUCAGAUAGAGUACCAGGUUGUAAGGGAAGAGGACUGGACCACCAUCCCUGUGUCUGGAAAGCCAGAGGUAUACAAAGUGAGUGGCCUUGAGCCUGGCACAGAGUAUUUAUUCAGGUUUGCUGAGGUGUGGGAGCUAGGGCUCAGUGAGAGCAGUGAUGUCAGCCCCGCUGUGAGGACACUUCCCCCAAGCUGCCCUCCUGGGAAGCCAGAAGCUGUUGUGGUGGGACCACAUUCUGUGACCUUGUGCUGGCAGGGUCCAAGUGUUGUUGGAGCAGGAGUCAAGAUUACGGACUACAGAAUAGAGUACAGAGAGGAGACUGAGGCUGUUGAGGAGGAAGGAGAAUGGCAUGAACACAGCACAGGAAAUAACGAGAUGUACUGUGACAUUGAUGGACUGACACCCCAGACUGUGUACAGGUUCCGAGUUUCUGCUGUGUAUGAUGGUGGCUGGACCAGUGAGAGCAGUGACAAGAGUGGCCCAGUGAGGACCCUCCCUACCACAGAGGAAGCUACAAUCUCUGGAGGGCCUGAACCUGGCAUUUACUCUGAAGACAUAAGAAUUGUCCUUUUGGGGAAGACUGGGUCUGGAAAAAGUGCCACAGGAAACACUAUCCUUGGCUGGAAUGCAUUUAGAUCUGAAUUAUCCCCAGUUUCAGUAACCAAGACAUGCAAAAAAGCAAGCAGCAUGAGGAAUAACAGGAUAUUUUCAGUGGUUGACUCACCUGGCAUUUUUGAUACAGACAACAGCGUGGAAGAAACUAUAGAAGAACUUGCCAAGUGUCUGGCGAUCUCCUCUCCAGGGCCUCAUGUGUUUGUUCUUGUAAUAUCUUUAGGUUGCUUCACUAAAAUAGAGAAGGAUACCAUUCAACUCAUUCAAAAACUUUUUGGAAACGAUGCACUGAAACACACUGUCUUAUUAUUCACUAAAAGUGAGGGACUAAAAGGGCAGAGCAUUGAUGAUUUCGUAAAGAAAUGUAAGGAUCAGGACUUUGUGAACCUGGUAGAAAGAUGUGGGGGACGGUACUGUGCUUUCAACAAUGAUGCAACAGGAAAAGAGAAGGAAGUCCAGGUCAGGGAGUUCACAACAAUGGUCAACCAGAUGAUGAAGAACAAUAGAGACUCCCACUACAGCAAUAAGAUCUACGGUCAGGUUGAAAAAUUAAUCCAAGAAGAAAUACAGAAAAGCAAAGAUGAGGAGAAUUUCUUUAAAAGGCUGAUUCAGCGAAUUCUUGAUGUUCUCAGAUGGCUUUGGGAAGAAAUUUGUGCUUUUAUCCAGAAGCAUCGAUAUCAAAUUUGUAAUGCUACUAAAACUCUUAGUUCUUAGGAUACUAGUUUUUACCAGUGAUAAAAAUACUGAAUAAUAAAU